AUGGAGAAUUUUUCAGUGCAGAAUUCCACCUCUAUUUUUGAGGACGCAGAGUCGGAUUCAGGCCUGUCUGACACGGUGGGAAACAUAUUCCAGCUGAUUGUGCAGAGCGUCAUUUUCUUAUUCGGCGUGCCCGGUAACUGCCUCAUACUCCGUGUCUACUGGACAAAGACUCUAAAAACCAGCACCCAUGUUCUGAUCAUGGCCUUAGCCUGGGCCGAUCUGGCCGUCUGUGUGUUGGCUGUGCAUCGUAUUUAUGAAAAGGUUGCUUCCAUGGCUGACUUUGAAGUCCCAGAGUUCACAUUUAUUAUUUGGGCUCUUGAGACAACAGCCAUCGCUACGUCGGUUAUGAUGACUGCUGUGAUCGCAGCGGACCGCUACGACUGCGUAUGCCGGCCACACCGCCGGUUCUUCACCCACAAACGCGGCAAGAUAGCAGCUUGGGCAGCAUUCGUAUUCUCACUGAUCAUCAAUAUUCCUGCCUUCAUUCCGAGAACCCCUGGAUCCAGCGACCAGUCGUUGCGCCUGUUGAGGUAUGCAUUCCGGGUCAUUUGCUUCGUCGUGGCGCUCGUGAUGAUCGGCCUGUGUUACGGCAAAGUCUACAUGACCAUCAAGAAACACACCAAAGUCGGCGUCAAAGGUACCACUCGAGAUCGCGGCGUCUCUCGAUUAGCCGACGAAUGGUCGACAAGGCUACAUGAUUCCGUAAUCACAAAUGUGGGACCGAACAUUUCUACCGUCGCUUCCGGGUCGACGUUCAUCAGUAAACCAUGCUCGAGCGCGGUAGCUGAUGCCAGUAGAAUGGCACAAAGCACGGGAGCACAGAGCCACAAAAUCGACGAAUCAAAUCUUGAAGAAAGUGGGGAAAGAUGGGCCAAUCACCCACAAGCGACUUUGACUAAACAUGUAGUUGUCUCGAGGGAUACAGAAAAUAGUGUUGAGAAUGGGAAUGCUCAUUCUCGCCAACACCAAGGUAAUGCAGGACGCGCACCACCAAAGGCAGAUGCAGCAGUUUUACAGCGUAAGACAACCAGAAUGCUCUUCAUCACCAGCGUUGUGUUUCUCCUGACCUGGCUACCCUACUGGAUUCUUCUUGCCGCUUCUCUUGCUUCAUACUACGACCCAGUGUUCCGCAUGAUCAUCUGGCAGCUCUCCGUAACUCUUUACGUCAACAACGCCGUGAAUCCGCUGAUUUACGGACUUGCCAACAGACGGUUCAGAAAAGACUGCAAGACAAUUCUCAGUAAGAUUAAGUUCUGUUAGAAUGACACUAGUCAACGCGUUUUGUUGUCUUCAUGCAGUUGAUGUCUAAUUGUAUCUGUACCCAGAAGACACCGUUGUGUCGAAUAGAAAUUCAAAAAUCAAUAACAAACCCGCCACCCCGGGUAUUGCGCCCGGGAGUCUACCAAAUGGCGUGCGGUUCUUACUUGUUCAGGUAUGAUUUCUAACUAUCCACAAACAUAUCGGUCCGUUAUGUUCGAGACGUCAAAAGAGAUUCAGGCCCUCGUUGGUUGACAUAUAGCUCACGUGUCGGUUAACCUUUCUCGUGGAGGCUUUUACUGUUCAGGUCUCGUGUGCAUUGCACUUCUCCAAUAGUAUAAUGGCUGCCUGAAGUGGUCUCACUUUGAACGCAUCACCUUAUCUUAGAGUGUUUACUGGCUCUUUUUAGCAGUUGAAAUUUCCCAGACCCGGCACAAACUCAACUUGCUUCGAAAUGAAACAUUCGCGCAGUUCUCCCUGCUUAACUUGGAGGGUUGUCUGUACAUAAAUAGGGAACAAUUUGCGGCAUUCGCGCGCCUUUUCCUGCUUUUUUUUGUAUCCGAUUCACUGUUUCUGAUAGUAAUUUCUAAAAAUAAUAAUAUGAUUUUGAAGAUUUACGGAAAGAUAAAGAUCCAGAUUAAAUUUAAGUUGUAGGAUUUUAGGGGUAUAAUAAUUUGUGUUUGGUGAUGAAAAUUCAAUAGAACUUUCAUUUCGAUGCACUCUUUUCUAAACUGUAUCGAUUAGAAGUUGUCUUUUUAUGCUUGAAACAAUAAUAUGGCACAGCAGCGUA